ACAAAUGGCGGACUAGCGACUUAACUAUCAAACUCGAGGAGAGGAGUCAACCUGCAUCUUUAAUAUAUUGUAAAGUUGUACUGUAAAACGGAUUUGAGCCAAUACUAGGUCAUUUUAUAUUGAAUAUAUACAUUUGUAUUUGCGACGUAACGUUAACUUGGCAAGCGGGAUUACCUGUUCGGUGGACAAAGUCUAUAUGAACGAGUAUUAACAUAACUAUUAACAACACGUCUAGGAAAACGUUGAUAUUGUGUUUUUUACAACAUAUUCAUUGAUGUGAUAUUACACAAAAAGGAAGAACGAAUAUGUCCUCCACACCUGGCAACCCUUCCCCGUGGAGCGUCGAGGAUACUGGGGGGGAGGAGAAAGGUGAAGCGACCUUCAGGGACUAUGAGUCUUCUGAUGAGUUUCUGUGGCCGGAGGAUGUGUCAGAGAACGAGAGUGGGCGUGACAUAAUGGGCGGGGCCACAGACCACAGUGGCGGGAAGGGAAGCUUGGCAGAAACAGCAUGGAUGUUCAAGCUGAGACGAAACCUGGACCAGCUGGACAGCAUCCACGGACAGACGGCACAGGACGUACUCCAAGCCAGAGAACAGCUCAAACUCUGCCGCCAAAAUAUCGCUGACAUGGAGAGACAGCGGGGGAAGCUGGAGAAGGAAGUGGAGCGGCCAUCGGAGCCGGGGAGCAGCGCGGCGAUGGCGUUCCGACUGCGGGCGCGGCUCCAGAGUGCGUGUCGGGAGCUGCACCAGGAGGAGCUACUGGAGAGUCACAUCAGCACGGCCCUGAGGGCCAAGGAGCUGGAGCUGAACCAGCUGGAGGUGGAGCUGGGCAGGCUGUCCCACCUCAGGCAGGAGGUGCAGGACAAGGAGCAGGCCUUCCUGGCGGUGAAGGGGCAGAAGACCCAGGCUCGCCUGCUGCGGGCGACCCAGGAAGCCAACACACUGAGGAGGCGGAGGAGAGCCCAGGCGGCGGCGCAGCAGAAAGAAGAGGCCCAGCGACAGCAGCUGGCCGACCAGACCCCAGCCAGCCACCAGGCGGCUGCUAAGUGCCUGAAGCAGUCCAGCAAAAGGGUGCAGCAGGAGCGGGCUGAGGUGGAGCGGCAGAGACAGGAGCACCUCCAGAGGCGGACCGAGGCGGUGAUGUCACUGAAGGAGAGCAUCUCCACUACGCAUGAGAUGCUGCGCGCCCAGCAGCGCAGGGCGAAGGCCGUGGCCCGGAGGAAGGAACAGGAAGAGGCGGGGCUGAGAGAAUCCCUGCAGGCCCAGGGUGUCAACAGCACCAAGCGGCUGCACCAACACAAGCAGCUGGAAGGGUUCCAGCAGAGAAAAGAGGAAAACGAGAGGAGGCAGGAGUCAAAGAGGGCGGAGAUCAUGUCCCGGCUCCUGCGGGAGGAGGAGCUACUGGCGAAGGCCCGGGCGGCGCCGUCCCGCCCCGCGCCCAGCGAGGGGGCUCCCCUGCUGGGCCGGGCCAGGAAGAAGGUCCUGGGCUACCUGGAUGAGCUCUACCUCCAGCCGGUCCAGCACGAGAUGCUCCCCAGGAGAAGAGAGUCCAGGGCUGAGAGCAGUUCCAGCCCAGAGAGUUCUGACCAGGAGGAGGAGGAGGAUGAGGAGGACCCAAGGCUCCACCUGCCCCAGGUGGAGCCUGAGUUCUCUGGGCUCUGGGACCACUCCUGCAAGAAGUCCCCCGGGGGAGACGCUGUGGUCGAGUGGCAGCUGGGGGCCGCCAGGUCAGCGGUGCCGGGACGGCCUGCCCUGAAGCCCAGCCGGCCCACCAGCGCGCCCAGCGCCAGGCCCAGCAGAAGGGCGGUGUGUGGGAGAGAACCGAAGGGGCCGCCCUUCGUCAGCCGACCGGAGCCCGUCCACUUUAAGGACUUUGAGGUGGGCAAGACGUACCGGAAGAAGGUGGUCCUGACCAACGCCGGCUACGCCACUAACCACUGCAGGCUCCUGGGAGUGUCCGCUCACCUCACCGAGUUCCUCUCCAUCAGAGGUGGAACUGAAGUGCUCUCAGUGGAACUGAAGCACAUAUUCCCCCUCACAGCCCGCUGGGGCUCCGCCCACUCUAGGGGCUCAUGA